UGGGAGUUGUAGUCUCCGCCGCCUGCCGAGAGCCGUGGUGCUGGGCGGGGGGGCCCGCUCCGCCUCCGCACCGAGGGGCAGCCGCGCCCCCGGCCCCGGUCCGGCCGUGCCCCAGCGGCUCGGGGGGCUCCGGGGCAGGGGUGGGCACAGGGAUGCAGGCAGAGCUGUGGGACAGGUAGGCGUGCCGGCAGGGAUGCAGGCAGGGAUCCAAGAAGCGCUGGUGCAGGCAGGGAUGCAGGCAGGGAUGCAGGCAGGGAUGCAGGUAGGGGUGGUGCGGGCAGGACUGGUACAGACAGCUGGGAGGGCAGGAGUGGAGGCAGGGCUGGUGUAGGCAAGGGUGAUGCAGGCAGGGAUGCAAGCAGGAGUGCUGUCAGGGCUGGAGCAGGCAGCGGUGUAGUCAGGGCUGGGGCAGGCAGGAAUAAAAGCAGCGGUGCAGGCAGAGGUACGGGAAGGGGCGCAGGCAGGACUCACAGUUAGGACUGUGGGGCAGGCAGAGGAGCAGGGGGUACAGGCAGGGCUGGUGCAGGCAGAACUGGGGCAGCCCCUGUCCCCACGUGACGCCCGCGCCGCGCGGGGGCGGCUCCGGUUCAUUCAUAAAUCCCGGGGCCGCCCCGCCGCACCGAGCGCAGCGGCGGCGAUGGAGCCCCGGUCUCGGUGGUAGGUGAGUGUCUGGUUCCGCCGCCUCGCGACAGCCCCUGUCGCGACACAGGGAGCCGGCCCGGCAGAGGGGAGACCAUCACUCCCUAUCGCGCGUGGAGGUCCCGGGGGCUCCUGCCUCGCUGUCACCAGCCCUGUCGACAGCCCUGUCAUCAGCUCUGCCUGCAUCCCUUAUUCCUGCCUGUCCCACAUCCCUGCUCGCAUCCCUCAUCCUCCAUCUCUGUCUCCAUCCCUGCCCCACAUUCCUGUCUGCAUCCCGCAUCCCUGCCUGCAUCCCGCAUCCCUGCCUCCAUCCCCGCCCCACAUCCCUGACUGCAUCCCCGUCACCGGGCUGAGGCUCGGGGCUGCAGUCUCAGGGGCCAGAGCGGGUCCCCCUCAUGCCCCCAGCCCAGCCCCGGUCCAGCCGGACCCCGUGGGUCGCACACACGCGUGGGGCUCAGCACCGGCCCGCCCCCCGCACCCCUUCCCACGUGCGGAGGCGCGGCACCACCGGGAUCCCCCGGCCUCGAGCCCCCGCCCCGGGCAGUGGCGGCGACCGCGGGUCCCGCCCCGUGUCCCCCCCCGGGGGGGACAGCCCGGGGACCGGCCCCCUCCUCCAGACAAUGGCCGUCCUGUUCCUGUCGGGUCGCCAUGGAGACGGGAUUCCUCCAUGAUGGGGAACAGGAGGGACAUUCUUCCCGCUCCCCCCGGCCCCCCGCUCCCACCGCCUCGGGCCUGAGGGUGCCCCACAGGGAUCCCGCCCGUGGGGCGUCCAUCCCACGUGGAGCCGCAGCCCCCUCGCCCGGAGUCCCCCCAUGUGGUCGGAAGCGGGACCCCCACACACCCUUAGCCUUUCUUGGGGGUCUCAGGGUGGGUCCUCUCACCUCGUGCUGCAUCCCACCAGCUUGGAGAGGCGUGAGGGCUGGUGUAGGCAGGGGGUUCUCUGCCUCGGGAGGCCUCCAACAGCCUGAUGUCCCUCCAAGGGGUUGAUACCCCGACCUAUGACAGGACUGCCCUCAGCUGCCAGCUGCGACACGGCCACCCCUGCGCUGUCCCCACGAGCGACAGUCCCCACCCCUUCACGGGCUUCAUUCACAUUUUUCACUGACCUAAUUUUGAGCGGCUUCCAAGUGCCCACCCCUGCCCGCUCCGGGGGUCUCCGACACAGCAUCGCCCACCCAGCCCUGGCUUAGCCCCCUCAGCAGCCUGGGGACACAUGGAGGGGACACACGAGGGGACACACGGCCUCGCAGCGGGAGCUGGAGCUCGGAAGCCCCCGGGAAGGGCCAGACACGCGGGAGGGUGAUGAGGUCCCUGCCGGGUCCCCAAAGGCCGCGGAGGAGGGGAGUGGAACCUCAGUCCCGGCUGCUCUCGGUCCUCAGGAGCUCGGCCCGGCCCCUCGGUGUCCCCCCCUCCCCGCGCGGACAGCCCGGUGACGGAACCGCUCUCGGGAUGACUCACGAGCGUCACCCGUCGCGCUCCGGCGACACCCACGCCACGAGCUGUGGGGCGGCCACUGCCCCCCGUCCCUGCCGGGAGCCCCCAGCGCGGCUCCCCCCGGGCUUCCGCGGGCAGGGGGUCCCCCGGCGGCGGGGCUGGGGCUGCGUUUGGCUCCCGGUGACGCCAGCGCGGUGUCAUCCCGGACCUGGGGCAGGGAUUUCACCCCCCGGGCCAGCUCUGGCCACCGGCGCUAGCCACCGUUUGGGGGCUCCGGCUCUGGCCCGGCGUGGGGACCGUGGCCGCUCUUCGCGGGGCCGGGGGGUUGUGCCCACGCGAGUCCGGGGACUGUGAGGGGCUCCCUGGGGAGGGGCAGCGAUUCUGCCCUCUCCUCCCCAUCCCUCCAUCCGUCCAUCCUUGCUUUGCUCCUGACCACACCCUCCAUCCCUUCAUCCUUCCCCUGAACACACCCUCCCUUCAUCCCUCCAUCCCGGUCCCUCCCUCCAUCUCUCCAUCCCGGUCCCUCCCUCCCGGUCCCUCCCGGCAGCUCCGCACCGCGGUGCCGGGCAGGGGCCGGGCAGGAGCCGCCGCCGCCGCCCCCGGCCCGGCCCCGCCGUCCCGGCCGGUGCCUCCCUCUGUCUCCCCCCGCCCCAGGACACGCUCGGGCCGGGACAGACCAUGAGCGAUGACCCAACACCCUGGGACAACGCGACGGAGAGCGCCACGGCGGUGCCCGGCGAGGUGUCCCCUCAGGAUGGGUACGUGCUGCUCCUCGCCCUGCUCUCCAUCUUCAUCGGGGGCACGCUGGUCCUGCUCUCGGGCAUCCUGAUCAUCUGCCGCCGCUGCUGCGAGGCUGACCGCCGGCACUCCAGAGCCAGCGAUGACCCCGAGAAAACCAACACCACUUACCUGGAUGACUCGCAGCAGGCACAGGAUAUCACUGGCAAAGCGGAGGACCCUGAGUGCCUGUCGUCCUCCAGCUACCGGGAUGCAGAGAGUGAGAGGUUCCUGUCCUCCAGCUCCUCCACUGCCCGGCGUGUCUCCUUCAAUGAGGCCGCGCUCUUUGACCAGGGCAAGAAGACCCAGGAGAAGGGGAGGAGGUACACACUGACAGAGGGGGAUUUCCACCAUCUGAAGAAUGCCCGCCUGACUCACCUGCACCUCCCACCGCCUGCCCUCAAGAUUGUCACCAUCCACGAGUGUGAGUCCAGCGAGAACAGCCUGGCCAUGACCCCCCGCCUGCCCCCGCCCAAGCCCGGUCUUGCCAUUUUCCAGUCCCCCGCGGGGGCCCUGCCCCGGCCAGUGCUCCCCAGCCAUGCCGUGGGCCCCAGCUCUGCCCUGCCCGGGGACACCUACAACUCCACCGUGGACACCAGCUUCACAGAGGCCAGCCCGUCCGCCUCCUCCGACUCCGGGGAGGGGCCUUCGUUCACAGCAGCACCCAGGAGUGGGAAGGCGGCUGGGGCGGGCAGUGCCGGCCCCGGGGAGCCCCCCCCGACCCCCCCCCAGGGCACCGUCCUGCAGUUCUUCACCCGCCUGCGUCGCCACGCCAGCCUGGACGGGGCCAGCCCCUACUUCAGGAUCAAGAAGUGGAAGCUGGAGAGCACCCAGCGGGCGUCCAGCCUGGACACCAGAGGAUCCCCCAAGCGUCGGCAGUUUCAGAGGCAGCGGGCGGCCAGCGAGAGCAUGGACCAGGAGGACCGGGACCCCCAUCAGACCGACAUCAUCCAGUACAUUGCCCACACGGACGACGUGUCCUUCCACCCCGCGGGGGGCCCCUUCCUGCCCUCCCCCGCCAGCCCCCCACCCUCUCUCGGCAGGCUAGAGCCAGGCGAGGGGGGCGCGGGCAGCCCCGGCGAGUCCAGCGUGCCCGAGCAGCCCAGCGCCUACCACGACAUCUGGAGCCUGCGCGCCUCGCUGGAGCUGUACGCGGCCUCCGAGCGCAGCAACGACCAGGACUCGGUGCGCAGCGACGGAGGGGACAGCGUGUCCUCCACCAGCGGCGUGCCCCCCUGCCCCUCUCCUUCCCUGGAUGAGCCUGAAGGCCCCGAGGAGAAGUUCUGGGGUCGGCCCAAGGCGGAGGAGUCGGAGCCCGGCACACGCAAGCUGCUGCAGAUGGACAGUGGCUACGCCUCCAUCGAGGCGCCCAGCCGGGGGGGCGAGGAGGGCCCCCCCAAGGACCAGACAGCCUCCGAGAAGCGCAUUUGCUUCACCAGCGCCGGGCGGAAAGGAACCAUCUUCGAGAGCUUUGAGGGCCGGGAGCCGGAGGAGGAAGAAGAUGAGGAAGAGGAGGAGGGGGGGAGCACGACCCUAGGCGCAGCGGGUGGGGGACACCUCCGUCCCCACAGCCCCCUGGCCUGGUCCCCGUAUGGGCAGAUGUUCCCGGGGCGGGAGGGGCUGCCCCGGCGGGACUACAGCAUCGACGAGAAGACGGACGCGCUGUUCAACGCCUUCGUGCGCCACGACCCCCAGUUCGACGAGUCCCCGCUGCGGGGGAAGCACCGCUCCCGCACCCACCUGCGCAAGCAGUGGCAGCACACGAAGCAGUUCAGCGACCCCGGCGUGCGGUACCCGGCGCUGGAGCGGCACCGGACGCCCCUGCGCCGCGGCGACAGCGCCAACUACCCCCUGGACUCCCGGUUCCACAGCCCCCUGCCCCGCAUCGUCAGCGCCGGCGACGAGGAGGCAGCAGAGGCGUCCGAUGGGGUCCCUCCUGCCCCGGCGCUGCCUGACCCCGAGAUCCAGGUGAUCGUUGAGGAGCCCGGAGAGGCGGCCCCCGAGCCCAAGGCUGGCUCUGAGCCCCCUGAGGACGAUGACUGCCCCGGCCCCGGGAGGUGCUUGGGGCUGGGCUCCGGCUCGGAGCUGAUGGACAAGAUCGCCGGUGGCCUGGAGGAGCGGCUCUAUGGGCACCUGAGGAAAGCGGCGGAGAGAGAGACCCCCGAGUGCACGGUGGCCGUGGCGGCCAGUGAUGCCUCCCCCGACCACAGCACGGUCUAGGCCCAGCAUGAGGGGGAGAGACCCCGGCACAGGGGGGCUCGGCCCCCAGCAGCGUUCAGGGCUUCAUCCACUCCUGCUGCCGGCACCGGGUGCGGGAAGGGGGUCCCGGCCCAGGCCAGGAGGGCACGUGGGGUCCCCUGGCUGUAACCUCAGCACGGGGGUCCGGUAGCGUGGGGUGGCCGAGCCCCCCGGCUCCCGGGAGCGAGGGCCUGGGCUGGGGGAGCCCCGGGGGUCGGGGCACGGUGGAGAAGCCGAGCGUUGGCCGGGGGACAGCGCUGAGGGACUUUGCUGAAGCCCUCACCACGCUGAGUCCCCGUAGCACCUUGGCUCUCCCCUCUCACCGAGGUUUUACAAGCAAUAAGCCUCUCAUCCGGCCGGGAAUGUCCCCGCCAGGAAGGGGCCGGAGCUGGGUGUCCCCGCUCCGGGGGAUGCUGUGGUGCCACCCUGGCCAGGGGGCAGUUUGGGGACGGGCAGUCACCUCGUCAAUCCUAAACCCCCUCCCCACAAGGUCUGCAGGGAGCCUGGGAUCUAAACUGGAAGCAGGGGGCUUGGGCCAGGGGGAUUCUAGAGGGGCUCAAGCUGCUCCUGGGGGGCCCCCAGAGUGGCAGCCCAAGGGCUGGGGGGGGGAAGGAUCGGCCCCGGGGACCCCAAAAAUACCCCCCGGAGGGGUGAGGGUGCCCGGUGCCUUCCCCUGGUGCUGCCCCCCCGGCCCAGGGUACAGGGUGAGAGCAGAGAGGGGCAUCCCCAGCAUGUGCUGUGGGUGACCCCCAGUGCCCCCCACCACCCCAGGAGCUCAGUGGGGGCUCAAGGAUAUUUAUUGAUUUUUACAGAGGCGGCUGCUGCUCCGUGGGAGGGGCCAGGGGCAGGGAGUCUCACUUUUUAUUGGGUUUUUAUUUGUGUUUCAAAGGAUGGGUGAAAAAGAAAAAAAGAAACUGCCCCAGCCCAGCCCUGACUUUGGCACCUGGGACUCGGCAGCGGGGGGGGGACAGGCAGGGCCCCCCCAAACCCCCAUUGCAUGCGAGUAGAGGCCGGGUUGCCCCUUCCCUCUGUGCAGGCUCUGCCCAAAGCUCUCCCUCCAUCACCUCUGCGUUUUUAAGUCUAUAAACAAAGGAGAAAAACCAAAACCAA